AUGACAGUUCCUUCAACUGCAGGAACUGAUGAUGAUGAUGAUGAGAAUGAGGUGUAUGAGGUGGCAGACAGGGUGGGUCUAGACACCUCGGACAUCUACAACCUUGACGUUAACUCCGAAAAGUUCAAAACUCUACCUCAGGGACAUCAAUAUGAUAUUCUUAGACGUGGUAUACAGAACACGUUGGAGAGGGUUAAGAAAACCUUAAAUUCGUCUCAUGAUGAGAGAUUUAAUCAGGAACUAUUUGUUGGUGAUCUGUCCGCCUUAAAAUCCAUCAAGAAAGAGAUUAGAAAGGUGAAUUCUAACUCGGGUUCCACGCUAGUUUACGCAGCAGGGUUACAGGCUGUUCAGCUUAGAGAGGCUCAGGAGAAGGCUGCUAAGGAAGAGGAGAGGAGGAGGAUGCUUGAGUUGAUGGAGGAGGAGAGGGAGCUCAUGGAUAUUCCACCAGCAGAUGAAUUAGAGAAGGCGAGAAAGAACAGCUGCGAAGUAGAUUCUGAAGAGGAACAGUUGGCUCAAGCCAUUGCACUCUCGUUAACCGAUCCAGGGCCCUCCCAGGAGGAGCUUUACACCUUGAUAAAGCAAGAAGGAGGCACUAAACCCUUGAAUCUUAUUUCUGGUUCAUCCUCGUCAAAACCAUUCAAAACUUACUCGAAACCAACCGGUGGGAAGCCGGUUAAAUCUGAAAACGACAUUCAAAUUAUCGAAGACGACGACAUUUUGCUGCUUCCUGCUGCGUCUUUUAUUACAAGUAAUAGGUUUGGCGGUCAGUCUUCCAUCAAAAAAGAAAUAAAAGAGGAGGUUAUCAGCGAUACAGAGGAUGAUUUAGAUAAGCUUACAGUUAGUUCUAAACUGGAGACAAAAACUCAACAAUAUUCAAUGAUGGAAAUUUACAACAAUGGCGGAGAUAUAUCGAAGAAAUCACCGGUGUCCGACGUCGGAGUAAUGAGUGAAUCCUCCGACAGUGGGGGAGGUGAUGAUGUGGGGAUUAUGUCCGAUAGUUCCGAGGAUUCCGGAAGCAACACCGAUACAUCAAAACCUCCAGUAGAUGACCUCUUUUCAGACAUUUUUCAGGAUACUGGAAACGUAGCAAAACUGGAAGAAAUUAUUAGUAAAGUUGAAAACCCAGAAUCCAAUCUAAUUAAACCAGUGUCUUUGACUCUUCUUGAUUCCUCCCCUGUUAGUGUUACUAUUAUUAUUCCCAGCAAUACCACCAACUCUCCUAAAGUAUCCAAAUCUGUUGAACCUGCAUCAAAUUCUCUUGAAGCCGUAUCCAAGGAUCGAACCGAGAUCGAAGACCUGCUUCAGCAAGUUCAGAAACUAGAUAAGGAAAGAGACAUGUUCUCAAUGAUAUCUAAAUCUGCGCGAGACAAGCUGGAAAAGAAAUCAAUAGUGCAUCCUGCAAAACCGAUCAUUUCAGAAGUACAGAAGGAUGUUGCUGAUACUCAGGAUGAUGAAGAGGGUGAUGAAGUUGUUAAUGAAGAGGAUGUCGAUGAAGGUGCUGAAGUGGAAGAGGUAGCUAAGGCUAUGAGAUCAAGUUCCCAUCUUUGGUUCAAGGUUGCGUCUAAAUACGCCGAACAGGCAAUAGCAGAGAGCCCGACUAAAGGUAGUAAGAGAAGCUCUGAAGAAGGCAGUCCUGCUGCUGCUGCUGCAAAGAAGGCCAGAAAUGACACUAAUGAGAAAACUGAGAUUGAUCUGGAGCAAGAAAAUCUUGUGAAGGAGAUGAAGGAGAGGGAGGCUGCAGACCGUCUGCUCAGGUUCACCAGCAUCAACUACAAUAACGAGGACAUCCUUGUCACCAAGGAGGACAAGGAGGAGGAUGAUGAGUUUGAUGAUGAAGUUGGGGAUGAGGAUCUGAGAAAAUUAGGGAUUAAAUCUCUCAAGGCUGAAACAUAUCGGGAUAAAAUCCUUUUAGAGGAGGGAUUAAUUUCUAAAAAAUCCAGUGCUACCCCUACGCUUCAGCAACAAAGCAAUAUUGGAGAAAAGGAGAAAUCUAAGGAUAAUUUAAAUUCUUCGGUGAUUUUUUCCUCUUCAGUUCCAGGAUUUUCCAGAAGCUCGAAGGACAAAUUGCCUGUGGUCGAUGUAAUGAAUGAGGAGAUUCAAGGAUCUCGGAGGUUUGAGGAAGUUGUAGAUGAUCCUGAUGAUCCUAAUGAAAUAACUGAUGGGGCAGAGGAAGCGGAACUUUACGCCAUUCAGGCUGAGUUAGCGCGGGAAAAUGAAAGUCUGGUUGCGGAGAUGGUUAAAGCUGACAGAGUGGCGAAUAGUAUAACAGAUCAAAUGUAUUCUGAGUGUCAGGAGCUGCUUCAGUUAUUUGGAAUCCCCUGGAUAGUUGCUCCAACAGAAGCAGAAGCACAGUGUGCUUUCCUAGAUGACACAGGGUUGACUCACGGUACUAUAACAGAUGAUUCAGAUAUCUGGCUUUUCGGGGGGAAAAAGGUUUAUAAAAACUUCUUCAAUCAGGAAAAGCAUGUGGAAAUGUUUAAUUAUGAGGAAAUCUCUCAUCAUUUUGGUCUGGGCAGAGACAAGUUAAUUCUACUGGCUAUGCUGACUGGAAGUGAUUACACAGAAGGUGUUGAGGGGGUUGGACCAGUUACUGCUUUAGAGAUAAUAGGUGAAUUCCCUGGCGAGGGCCUGGAACCUUUGCUUCAAAUGAAAUCCUGGUGGGAUAAAUUUCAUUCAGAUUUUGGAAAGGAGUACGGAAUGCCGGUUGGGAACCAGGUUCGGGAGAAACUUCGCAAACUCAAAUUAACUCGAGGAUUUCCAAGUCAGGCUGUUAUGCAGGCGUACACUGACCCUAGGGUUGAUACUAGCCAAGAGAAGUUUACCUGGGCUGUUCCUAAUCUAGUAGCAGUCAGAGACUUUGCUAAGGAAAGGUUUGGUUGGACCAAGUUCCAGAUUGAUGAGAUAUUGAAGCCGGUGAUCAGAUCCCUGCAGAGGUCUAGCCAGGGACGGAUUGAUACAUACUUCUCCUCAUAUAGGAUAAAUCUACCAGAGACAGGACUUGUUUCUACAAGUCGGCGGGUUGAGGAAGCACUCAGAAAAGUAAAAGGACUUCCAAGUCCUCAAAAGACUCCACCUAAGAAGAUACAACGCGUUAAAACAGUCCCCAAGUCCACAAAAGAAGCUAAGACGACCAAAAAGUCCAAGAAAGAUUCUACUCCACAACCAUCUUCAGCUUCUUCUUCAAUAACUCCUUCUACGAUAUCUUCAGAACCUCCUGCUCCUACUCCUGCUUCCUCCUGUUCAAGUGCAGCCUCAAACAGCACUAGUUCCCGCUCUGCCACCUCGAAUCUACCUGGAAUGAGUGUAAGUUCCAAUAAAGCAGAUGAAAUUAUUCUUCAAAGAGAAGAGAGGAAAAGAAAUGAAAGUGAGGCACGAGCUAGAGCUGCGGAAAUAUUUAAGAAAUCAAAAGAAGCAAAGGAGAGAAAGCUGCAGAAAAGAUUUAAACGACCGGCCCGGAAAGAGUUGAAAGAACACCAACUAUCAAGUGACGAAGAUUAGAGCCAGGUUUAAAAGGGCCUGUGGACUUAAUUUCAUGUGUACCUAAGUCAUAAUGCCAUAUCCGAUUCACAACGGUACUCAUUAAAACUUUGAUUUAAAGUAAAUAAGAGAUUCUGGGUUUUUAGAAUAAAUUUUUCACGCUAGUAAAAUGACAAUAUCUUCCACAUUACUGAUUAAAUACUGGUUAAAGAGUAUCGUUAAAAAUCUGCUAUGGCCUUUUUUUUUAAAUGUAGGGUCACUUGAAAUAACAAAUUCCCAUCCAAAAUAAAUAGAUUUUUUGGAGAAAAGAAUAAAAUAAAUAAAAACCUUUUUAAUUAAUCAUAAUUUGUGUUUUUAUGUAAAUGUAAUUGCUCAUGAGUUAUAAAAUCUCAAUCCUCUGUGAUGCACAAAUAUUAAUAUAUUUAUGUAGAUAAUUUUAAGUAAAGAAAUGAUAAUUUUUUUUCAGA